UCAAGUUGUCAGUAAAGUUGCGAAACUUGUAAAGAAAGUUAUUUUGUUUGUUGUCCUAGUUUCAUAUAUGAACGCAAUAGUUCUAAAAUAUAAAUUUCGUACUUACUAGGACGUUACGCUUGGUAAGGUGAUCAUAAUGAAUCAGUUCGUAAUCGAGAGACGCCUGUGCAUGUGUUACGGGCUGCUGGCGCUGCUGCUCACUAUAGCGGUGGUCUUCGUCGCCAUCCCUUUUAACCAUUGGCGCACGACGCUUAAUGUCUGUCCAGGGAACUAUUUUGAGAACACUAAUUGUGGGUGUAUAUUUUAUGGCGUGACUACAUAUAGAAACUUUAAUGGGGGCCACCACUCCAGGUGCCUGUAUGCUACCUUGGCACCGGUACCUAUAUUAAUAUAUGCUAUAAUCAUGGCUCUGUUUCAUAUGUACAGAGUUUGUAUAAACAAUGUUGGCAGAUAUGAGGAUGAAAAGUCUACCUCUAUGCAGGAAAUAGAGGGACAAUCAAUAGUAGUGACAUCGAGGGCUAGAGUGGCUCAACGCAAUGAUUCUGUGAUCUACUGCUGGGUUCCGUCCGCUACUAUUGGUGCAAUUUUUUGUAUUUACAACUUGGUUCAUGCAGCUAUUAUAACAGAUGGAUUUGUUAAAACCUGUAACCAAUAUCGGAGCUACCUUGUUACGGAACUUCGUGCUGCUGGAGACCAAACAACCGCCAUUCACUUCCGUCUCAGCUGUCAAGCUAUUUACGAUUAUAUGGACUACAUACAGAAGAACCCGAACGGCAUAGUCACUCAAGGGGAAUAUUACAUAAACACAGGUUUGCUCCUGCAGUUGGCCAUCAUAGCCUCCUGGGUGUCGGUAGCCAUUUGGAUGGCGGUGGUCGUGUUCACGACCAUGCGGGCAUACAAGGAGCGUCACGUGCUGACAUGCUGCGGGAAUUAAGUUUUUAUAUUAUUCCUAUUAUUUUCGAUAACGGUAU